CUCACAAGAGAAAAAAAUCAAUUGACCUUUCAAGCAUUCAGCUAGGAAACCCUGCGAACUUCCUUUCAGAAAGAGAGGCUAGCAAAAAAGACUUAAAAGGAUCUUUUUUCAGUAAAGAAGAGAAUGGUUCAUAGACGACCCUGAGAGAUCCAGUCCCCUGCUUUUCGGAAGCAGACCACAAAACCCUAAUCUCAUAUCAUGGAGUUGGCUUUCACCUUCAACCCUGAGAACCUGGUCAGUCAACCACCCCUCGAAAGCUUCUGUAAUGGCAUCCAAACCCUGCAAGAACUUGCUAGACAGGGUUCAUGGCGAACGAUUUUAGAUAAAAUAUCUCAGGCACGCAAGCUAUCUCUUCUGCAGAAACCCCAUGAGCAUUUGGUCUAUGUUUCUUACAGUGUAUUAGCCCUAGUUAAGCUAAGGAGAUACGGCGAUGCUUCGGAACAAUUAGAAACCCUAGAUGACCUAGAUAGCCCAAAGUAUCGAUACGAAACCUAUCCGGAUAUUUACCCUGGUUUUAAUGGUUCGAUGGUGCCUUUUGGCCUUCGGUGGUUGCAUGCUGAGAUGCCCCAUAGAUUGGGCAAGAAACAGGAAGCUCUAGAUCGCCUCUAUAUGUUGCUUGAUUUCGUGAGGGAAAAGUUAAAAAAUCGAAACUAUUUUUCUGCAAAUAACAGUCUUUCAUCACAAAUGUCUGAAAUCCAUGAAGCGAAAACGGAGCUCUCUGGCAAUUCACAUCGUGGUUCUUUGGAAACGAGUUCCACCCAUGAUGUGACAAGAGAUGGGGUUUUGUUGGGUUCGGGUUCUAUGGUGAUGCAGACCUCUUUUGACACUCAAAUUGAUCGUCAUUUAGUAGAAACUGAAAGUUCUUCACAGGAAUUUAUUGAUCCAUUGAGAUCUGAUACGGGAUCAAACGUGGGUUUUUCUGGUGAUUCUCCUGAAUUGAGGUCCAAUGAAUCAGAAGAGGGGUUUGGUGAUUUUUUUAGUGCUAAUAAUUUUGCUGGAUCUGUGCGCCGUGAUUCGAGGAAGAACGAGGUUCAGUUAAAUGGUAUGGGAGUUUGCCUAUGUCUAUGGAAGAGGAGGGAAGAAUUUCUGAUCAACUCAAUCCUUAGUCACCAUUUAAACCAAAAGGAGUUCAAUGUGUGUGUUAUGCUGAUACAGGGUUUACUGCAACAGAGUCCCUCUGAUCUCUUGCUUCUUUCAAAGCUUGGAUACUUGCAAAUGCAGCUUGGUGACUUGGGUGGUUCGGAAACGACUCUUUCUAAGGUGGAUGCAAUUCUGAAAGAAGAUGAGAUGGGGGUUUCACCGCGCCUUAGUAGGUAUCGAAAUUUAAUUAAUCAUAACCGAGCUUUGCAGUUUGUUGUUGCCAAGGAUUACACAGCAGCUGUGAGAGAGUAUGAGGAGGCUAUAGAGAGAGAUGAUUCGGAUAUGGUGGCUAUUAAUAACAAAGCCUUGUGCUUGAUGUAUUCGCGUGAUCUCUCAGGUUCUAUCAAAGUGUUGGAGAGCGCGCUUGAAAGGAUACCCACUGUUGCUCUGAAUGAGACCAUUAUAGUGAAUCUAUGUAGCAUGUAUGAAUUGGCUUAUGUAAACCAUACGGAGAUAAAGAGGACCCUCAACAACUGGAUUGCCCGCAUUGCCCCUGAUGACUUUGAUUCGUCAUGUACUCGUAUAUAAGUUAUAAUUCUUUCUUUACAACCUGUUCUCGUUGGGUUGAAAUGAAUUUUCUCCAUUGAUGCUACUAGUUGAUUCUUUGUAACAAGUUGGAAUCCUUUAGAUGCAUUUGUAACCCUUUCGAGGCUUUACUUAUUGUCAUUUCUUUGAUAA